AUGGCUUACGCCUCAGCAGUAGGGAUGCCGUCUUUGUUCUAUGGCGGUAAGAGAGCGUUAUCGGGGAAUGCUCGUGAACUCCGAGGUUUCACUCUGAUCGGCGACCGAGCUUCACUAGGUUGGCUUUUUUGCAAGAGUAUGAUAGAGAUUUGAUUUCUGAUCUCACUUGUGCGCUUCCGCGUCGUUUUCCACCAUUUUCAUGUCUGAAGAUCCAGAAUAUUGGAGCCGAACGAAUCUCGCGCUUCGUUGAAUACAUAAUCUCGCGUACUAGCCAUCUGGAUUUCGUUUCCCCGUUUUUCCAGCCCUGUCACUAAAAAUCGGCGGUACAAGCUAAGUGGCAGUGGUUGAUCAUAGAUUCAAAUACAAUAAUUUAUUUCAAAAUUAAAGAGGGGCCUCUAAAAUGCAUUUCAAGCCAUAAAUAAUACCCCAGUUUGUCAGCAACGGAGACAUCGUAAAUCGGUCCUCGGGCAUCGAGAUAAGUUCUCUGUCCUAGUACAGAUUCAAUCAUCUAGUUUCUGGAAGCCCCGUUUUAUGUUGAUUUAUCUAUUUGACUGCUUUAAGCAAUCUUGAGAAUGAAUUUGUGCAUAAAAGUUGAAGCAUCAUGAAAUACAAGUAUGCAUGUAAUUAGCCACGGUGCAUUUCCAAUCUAUGAUUCACAAGUAAAUGCUGAUCCAAAUAGGAUAAAACAGAAUGAUUAUGUUUCGCUUAUUCUAUUGGAACAAUGUCCCUAUAAGGUGGUCCAUAGUGUCCGGGGCUAUGCUUCCAUUAUCGGAUUUUAUUAAUCUUUUAUUUAAUAAUUAGUAUUUAGCUUGUACAGCCCAUAUGAAAAAGGAAGCAGACGUGUGAAAUGUUUGCUCAAUCGGAGCUGCCUUUCUUCUUUCCAUUCCCAUUUAACGUCAGAAUUCGUCAUUGGCUUACAAUCCAUCCUGACCGUAACAGGAAGAAAGGGAUACAAGGGUAUUGUGGCCAAGGCUGCUGGUGAUAGCUCUGACUCAUCUUCUCCGAGCAUUGCGGAAAUUGUCCAAAAUGCAGUAAAUACUUUUCUUGGUUCCAUUUUGUUCAUUAGCCUCCUCAUUUUGUGAAGAAAUAAUUUUUUUUUUGCCGAAACUAUCUAUUAUCAUUGGCGUUGAAUUUAUACAUACCUUUAAUGUUUUCCAGUAUUUGAUUUUAUGAAUUAUAUAACUGUGUACAUAUAUGAAUAAAUUAUUUUCUUCCGUGAGUAUUUUUUAUCAGUGGGGAAACUCAGACGAUCGCCUUGGCAUUGUCGGCGUGGGAUUUGCUUCCAUUGCAGUAUUUUGGGCAUCUGUCAAUCUCAUUACGGUAAUUCAAAAACAAUUUUUCCUAUUCCUUAUGACAGAAGAAUGCUCGUUUUUUUUUUUGGGUGGAUAAGGAAAGAAAAUCCAAUUAUGAGGAGAAAUUAUUUCAUGCUUGGUAUUUUUCUAUGCAUGAUCUUACAUAACUAAAUGUAUAUUACCUAGUUUCUUCUCCUGAAGCUGAAUUACUAGUUCUCAUUUCAGGCCAUUGACAGCCUUCCCUUUGUUCCAAGCGCCCUAGAGUUCAUUGGGAUUUUGUUUUCCUGGGUGAGGCUUCUGGGCAACGGGCCAAACAUUUAAUGAAGAAAAUAUGACGUUGACUAAAUUUUACAAUAACUGACUUGUGGAAUGUUUUUCUCAUAAUUUUCAGUGGUUCAUAUAUCGGUAUCUCCUGUUCAAACCCGACAGGUACGAUUGACCCUGUACUGUCUUAUGUAUCAUUGAAUUAUUAUCAACUUUUAGUCCUAUAUAUAUAUAUAUAUAUAUAAUCUAUUUUCGGUUGGUUUCUUGAGAUCAAUCUAGCUGAUUCUAAUGCCAAUUGUGGCCUAAACACUCUGUUGAAGUAGCUGAUUCAGGCAGGUGACUUUUCCUAUGCUCUGGAAUGAACUGUAAUCUUCAUGUUCGUCUUCCUCCCCCUCCCAGGGAAGAGCUCCUGAAGAAUUUGAAGGGUUCACUCUCGGAUAUCCUGGGCCGGUGA